AUGUCAAGGCAUCAUGGUUUAUCAUUCACUAAAUCAAAUAUUAGUAGUUCAAAUAUGACAGGAAAUCAAAGUCUGAUGACGCAAUCAAUAGUUCAUAAUGAAUAUUCUGAUUUAGAGGAAGAUGAUCAAUCAGAAGAUGAUCAAUCUAAUGAGAACAUGGCCAAUAUGAAAUCAUUCGUUCCUAAUCUACUGGAUUCAAGUUCAAAUGUUAUUAAAUAUGGAAUUGGUGCUCAGCUAUUAAUGAAAAUGGGAUAUCAAGAAGGUAAAGGUUUAGGAGCUAAUCAAACAGGAAUAGUAAAGCCAAUUGAGCAGAAAAGAAGACCUAAAAAUAUGGGGAUUAGAGAAAAUCUAAGGACAAAUAAAGAAUCAUAUGAUGGGAUUAUUGAAUUUCAAGAUGAAUCAACUUUGAAAAUACAAAAGAUUUCACAAGGAUUAUUUGGAAUUAUUCAAAAAUUGCAAAAAUUGAAUGUUGACGUGCCUGGUCAUAUAUUGGAAUUUUCAAAUGAAUUAUCAUUAGGUAAAGUUGAAUUGAUACCACGAGGCGAAGUAUUAUACAAGGAGUUAAAUGCUAUUCUUAAAGAGUGGGAAAUGGUAUAUAAGAAAGAAGAACUAUUGAAUUUUCAAAAGGAUGAGAUUGAAAUUGAGAAUACAUCUGAGAAAUUGGGCCAACUCGAGCUCACAAAUCUUAAAUUGAAAGAAUACACUACUGGUCAAAUGAAUGAUGAUGAAAUUUUGGAUUUUUUGACUUCUGAUUCUGUUAUUGAUCAACCUACAUCACAAAUGAUAUUUUUAACUAUUAUUAAAUCAGAAUUAGACAAGGUGGAGAGUAUAGAUAUUGAAGAUAUACAAAAACAAGAGAUGGAAAUAGUGCCAUUAUUAAACAAAAUAUCAGAGAAGUUUAAGAAGUACAAGUUGAAACAAAAUACUUUAGAUUUAUUAAUUUACAAAAUUUACAGUAAGAAAAUCACAACUACUUUAAAUAAUGAUUCAGAUUCAGAUGCAAUAGUUUUGUUGUUUUCAAUAUGGUUGAAUAAUUCAAUAUUUGUUGAACAGGAUAAUAUUUUUGAUAAAUUUGCACUGGAAAUAUUUGCUCCUUAUUUAAUUGAAGUAAUCGAGAAUUGCAAUUUGGAAACAACAAGAUUACCAACUGUCAUACAGGACUAUUAUACCAUUUUUUUACUGGAUAAUCAAGAUUUAGGAUACUUUUAUGAUUCAUUUAACAUCUUAAUUACCAAAUUUCAAACAUUUUUAAAUUCUAUGAAUAAUAACAUAUCAGACUUUGUCAUAUCACAACUUCACGAGUUUAAAAAUAGUUGGUUACCAUUCAUAGACUUAUAUUCACCAAGAAGAGCAGAAACGUUAUAUAAAACAUUAUUAACAUCAAUGUAUUUAUGGUCAGAUAAUCAACAAGAAUCAUACAAAUUUCUUAAUAUAUCCACUUUUGAAACUAUGUUCAAAUUAAUCAAAUUAAUAGAGAAAGAUGACUUGUUAAACUUUUUGCAAUUUGGAAUUUUUAAUCCUUGGAUCAAGACAAUCUAUCAAGUUGAUGAUGUUGCUAAUUGGUAUUCUAAUAAUUACAAUUACUUGACCAGCAAGCUAGACCAUGUGAAUGAUUCAAUUUUAAAUGAUGUUAUUUCAUGGUAUUUAUCCACUGGAAUCAAAAUGAUUCAAUCUAAUUUAAAUGAGGAUUUGUUAGCCGGAUUACCAAUGGUUGAAAACUCAACAGCACCAAACAUUGAUCAAAUUAUGAAUAAAUCAGAGUAUGAUGUGAAUGGUAUUCCCUCAUUUACGUUAAUGACUUCAUUUAAAGAUGUAAUUUUGGAAUAUUGUCUUAAUCAUAAUAUUUCAUUCAAGAAUUCAAAACAAGUACACAAUACUAAAGGAGUUCCAAUUCAUUCAUUUGAGAGAAAUAAUAAAGUUGUUUAUGGUAUUAUUGAAGAUGAUGUUUUAUGGAUUUGUCAAAAUGAAAAUUAUAUGAGUGAUGAUUACGAGCCUAUUAAUAUAGAUAAAUUAAUAUAUUAUUUGAAUUAA